UGUUCCACCGAUCGCGCCGCAAAACAAUGUUUUUGUGAAAUAUUUGUUUAAUUAUUCCGUCCACCGUUUUUGUGUGUCCCGUGUGAUGGAUGAGCGGCGCUUACUGAAGCGCAAGGAGAAGGCGCGCAGUGACGGCAACCGGGAGCAGGUGGCGAUCAGCUGCAAUCAGUUGGGAGAUUUUUACAACCAGCAGGGCAAGUAUGGGGAUGCGGUCAAGGAGUAUGUCCAGGAAGCGCAGAUAUACGCCAGCAUGGGCAAGGAACUGGAGACGGCCAAGGCCAAGAGGAUGGUGGGCGAGAUGUUGACCCUGCUGUGUGACUAUGACGCUGCCAAGGAUCACAUCAAUGACUACCUGAAGAUUGCCAAGCGCUUGAAGAACCAGGUAGAGGAGCAGCGGGCCUAUGCCACUUUGGGUCGCGUGCAUCUGUUGCAUGGCCAGGUUCUGGCCGAGAGUUCCGCCUCGGGAGCCAUGGAGCAGCUGAAGCAGGCGGAGAAGAGUUUUCUGCGGAGUCUACUGCUUAUCAAAGACCUCUCUGGCCAGAUUUCCAAGCUGGAACAAAUCGAUAUGCAAGCUCGCUGCUACCUGAACAUUGGCGUGGUGAAAGAGCACAUGGAGGCGCUCCAAGAGUCCAUCGAGUACAUCGACAAAGCCAUUAAAAUCAGUAAAACCCACGAGCUCUGGGAUCUCACCCAUUUGUGCUACAUUUCGAUGAGCCUGCUCUACAAUUGCAAAAAGAACGAUGCCACUGCUGCUUUGCGCUACUGCAACAUGGCCUUGCAGGUGGCCAAACGGCUGCCCAACAAGGUGAAGAAGAUCUGCGAAACGCUAAUCACCAAGGCCGAGAUCCUGAUCAAAGCGGGCGACUUUGCCAGCGGCAAGCAGAUACUCACCAAGGCCUACAAAAAGAACACACCCGAUGAGAACGAUCGGGCGAGCAUUGAGAAGCAACUCAGGAUUGUGGUGAAGAUCUGUCAGACCCUGGAUGAUCUUGUGGUCACCAGCUCCGUUGACUAUGCCAAACUGAAGUCUUUGUACGAGAAACUGGGCGAUGCCUGCUGCCACCUGUUGAACUACGAGAAGGCUUUGAUUUAUUACCAAAAAAUGCUGGAAAAUGCGGAGCUAAAUCAGGAGAGCGGCAAGAGUCUGGUGCCCAUUUAUGUGAGUCUCUACCAGACCUAUCGCGACAGUGGGCAGUACGACAAGGCUCUGGAGUAUCUGUGGAAGGAGUUCGAGGUGAACCAGGAUGUGCCCGCGGAGGCCUUCACCACGCUCUGCACGAUUGCCGAGAUCUGCGAUCAGCAGUCUCAUCCCUUUUGGACCGUCCAUGAUGUUUACCAGAAGGCUCUUCGACAGGCAGAGAAGGCAGGCAGCUCUUCUACCAAGCUGGAGAAGAUUGCCAUGGUGCGACUGAGACGCCUGGAGCUCAAGCACAAUAUGCAGGUUCUUGUGGAGAACCUGGAAGCGGAAGCCCAGGCCAAGGGCAUUGAUUUGAACCAUGAAGAUAGUUUUGAAGAUGACGAGGAGGAUUCGGAAGCCACUUCUGUUCAGCAGAAUACUCCAGACUGGGAUGAUGAUUUCGACUUGAACACGCUCACCGACUCUGAUGCCAGUGAUCUGGAUGAGAGCGAGAAGCCACGACCACAAAGGGCCACCCGUGGCAGCAGAUCCUAUACCAUCAAAAAGAACAACAAGGGCGAAACACAGCUGCAUCAGGCUUGCAUAUCCGGCAACCUGGAGCUGGUGCGAAGGCUCAUCGACCAGGGUCACACGGUCAAUGUGCGAGAUCAUGCUGGCUGGCUGCCCCUCCACGAGGCCUCGAACCACGGCUACCGGGAGAUUGUGGAGCUUCUGUUGGACAAAGGCGCCGCAUCGGCCAUCAAUGACAAAGGGGGAACCAGCUGUGAUGGCAUUACCCCGCUCUUCGAUGCCUGCUCUAAUGGUUACCUAGAUGUGGCUGAACUCCUGCUGGACCGUGGAGCAGAUGCCACUGUGCGAACGGAUUACAAUGAGACCUGCAUAGCAGGGCUGGACAAAUGGCGGCAGACAGCUCAACUGGUGGAUGGUGAGCAGGCUCAGUAUGCCCAACUGCGAGAGAGACUCCUGCGCACGCUCUCCAAGGUGGGCAUUUGCAGCGAACGGAAUGCUCGUCCUCUAACCAACUCCAAUGUAAGGAAGUCCAGCAGCGAGGAGAGGCUAAGCCAGUCGGAGGCAGAGGAGGAUGAGGAAGCAGCUCUUCGCGAGAGCCAUCGAAGAUCCCUUAGGCACAACCGCUCGGCAAGCGAUUACGAAGCCAAGAAAGCUGGAAGCACCUCCCAGCCAAGUGCCAGCAAGGAGUACAAGAGCGUCAUGGCCCAGCUGAAAAAACCCAAUCGUCUCUUCGAUGAUCCUCCUAUUACCAGCUCAAACAGCAAGCAGAAAAGGAAUGCCUUCCUGGACGAAGAUGAAGUGGAUGCCGACAACUGGCUAAUAGACGACGUGGGUCCAGAACGUAAGCGCAAGCGCAUCAAUUCAGGCAGCCUUACCACUCGUCCCUCCAAGGAGAAUCUGCAGGACACUGCCCUGUCGUUGCCCCUUGACUGGGAGGAGGAUCCUCCCGAGAUAGACUCCUCCCAACGCCAAAAGCAGUUACGAAAGCUCACUUUAUCGCGCUCUUCCAGCAUGAAUAGCAACAAAAGCAGCUCCGGUUCAUUGGCUCCGGCUUCUAGCAGGAGAAAACAUCAAGCUACCCUCAUGGAUAGCGGGUUUAGUAGGUUCCGAAGCGAGAGUCCCUUUGGCAGCGAGUCUUCGCAGGAUGGCGCCGCCUCGGUUAUCAGCCUGCAUACCAUUGAACCGGACUCCACCACCAGUAUUCAAGUGCUCAUUUCCCCUUCUAAAACGUCACCUAUCAAGGUGCAAACCACUCCUGUGCUGGCCACUACUGUGUCUUUUAAGGUUAAAGUGCAGGACGAGCUGCUGCUGGUCCCCAUUGAGCGUAAGAAGCUGCAGGACAUCAACAUGCGCUGGCUGGCUGAGGAGGCGGGCAGGCGAUAUAACAAGUUAACGGGCCUCACCCCACUCUUGCGUCUUAAGACUGCCGAUGGCUUUGCCUACGAGGAAACGGAUCCUGUGAGCGUGGCGCUGGAGCAAAACAUGCUAAUGGCUACCAUUCUCGACUGGAAAAUAUCGCCUCUGUCGCAGCGCUAUGAGGAAAUGUGUCAUCAGGUUCAGAAAACUGUGGACCCCAAAGUCAAGCUACUGUUGGAACGCUCUCAGAAUACCCUAAUGCUGGAGCUUUCUGGUCUGUGGAUGCGUGCCUCGCAAACUGAGCCCGUUUUUAAGGCUCUCUUGCAUCAGGCUAGACUCACAGUCUUGGAUCUUUCCCGUAACUUCAUAGGCAACGAGGGCUGCCAGCAGUUGGCCAAAUCCCUGCCCACGCUGCUCCAACUCAAGGCACUGCGACUGGAAUGUAAUGCUAUUGGCUACCAGGGAUUGGAGGCUCUACUAAGCAGUCAGGGAAUGGAUAAACUAGAGCUCCUAGAGGAACUAAGCCUAAGUCAGAAUCCUUUGGGAAAUGCCAGUUUGAGGAUCCUAAACAAGUUAUGUAGCAGUCCAGCUGGUCGUGCUUUAACCUCCCUGAAAAUUUCCCAGUGUGAGCUGACGGAACUGCAGGACUUUGACCUGGGCUUCCAUCAACUAACCCGCUUUGAUAUAAGCUUCAACCAGCUCACCCACCAAAGCAUACGCCGGCUGACCGAGCUGCUCAACAGUUGCCGCUUGGAGGAGUUGAAUCUCGGCUAUGUACGCUGGCCCCUGGACGAGGCCAGUGGCUUUGCUUUGGGCGAGCUUCUGGUGACUCUGAUGGAAUCUGGCACCUGCGAGCGAUUCACGCGAGUGGAACUUGCCGGCUGUGGUCUAAGCGAUGCUCACCUUUACAAAAUAAGCCAACACCUGGCCAAGGCCAAGCAACUGCAGUGGCUGGACAUAAGCGAUAAUGGCAAACUGAGUGGCACUGCCUUUGGCUAUAUUCUGGAUGAACUGCCUCAACUGCGCACACUGCUGGCCAUCAAUUGUAUAAAUCUUCUGGAUGACUCUCGCCUACGGAAACUUGAAGAACAAAAGCAGCUGCCCAGGCGCUUGGAGCUAACCAUUAAUGAGCAGGUGUUCUCCAUGCCCGGAGCUUUGGAGACCCUGCAGUCCAUUUGGCAGCUGCAGUUUGGCGACAAAGCCCAGAUGGUGAAGAUUUCGAGCAAAAGAAAGAAUGGUAGAAGCUUCAAGGGAAUUCUAAAGCUUCUGGCUGGUGAGAAUGAGGCGGAAUAGCGCAUUUAAAGUGAAGUCUCAUCGUGUAUAAACAACUUUGUGCUGCUCUGUUGUCCCAGAUUAGUUUUCUUUUAUGUUUGACAAUUAUAUAGCAAAAAUCCGCAUAGACGCCUUAUCUUUUAGUGCCUCGACAAGCACUCAGCCCCCACUGUCGGCUGGGCUUAUCUUAUCAGAGGAUGAUAGCUGGCGAAAUAAUUUAACCUGCGGACAACGAGUAGCCGGUAUUGAUGAGACCAAGACUAGACUCUAGACUCUUGGGGUAAGUGAAAAGUGAGUGCAAACAAUAAUUAAAAAUGAAUUUUCAAUCGAA